CUUUUUGUUUUUAUUUUUGUGAUUUAUUUUAGCAAAAAAAAAAAUUUAAUUGGAGAAAAUGGUAGCGUGGGUUUUUACCAAAUGGUUUAAAAAAUUAACAUGAUAAUCUCAAUUUGUAUAAUCCAGAUCUCAAAGCAAGAGGUUGUGGUUAGAUGUGUAACACGGAUGCUAAUAAACAAUAAUAUGUGAGCAAAGUGCACUGCUAACGCCAGAAAGCUAAACCAUAUAUUUAACAUUCUUUUGACAAUGUAUUCACAUUAAAGUGAAAUGGUCGGUGAUGUUUUUGUCUGUAUUGCCUCGACAAAGUGAAACUGCAUCGUGCAGUUUGACAGGUAGUCUGCCGACAUGGCCGCUAGGGGCUUCCACCCUCCCAGUGUCACAUAACAGUGCAGGCAGCACCCGAGCAGAACAAAACGUCGCUGUGUCUGUGUGUCACCGCAGCAGCUAACCAGAAAAUGAAGUCGUACUAAACAGGACAAUGUAAGCUAUUAGUGUUAGUAUAAAUGAUCGCAUGUGAAGGAGACGCCGUUGUCUGCACUUUGGUCCAAGAUGAGCAACAAAAGAGAGAGGGAGCAGAGGAGGAAACUGCAGCACUUUCUAAGUGACCUGGCUUUGCUUGGAUCAUUACAGGGUUUUAAAUACUUCCAGCCUUGGCUUAGAGGGAAAGAGGAGUUGCUGCUGACGGUUGUUAAUGAGGAUCUGGGUUGGCGUUCCCCAGGUUUUGUGGUCUCCAGAGCCUCCUCCUACACCUCCACCAGCAGCUGUAACAGCAGUGAUGUCUCCCCCAGCAGCAGCUUCCCCAGCUUGGACAGCCGGAGCAGCUCUCCCCUGCCUGGGGAGCCUCCAGGCCCACGAGACCCUCAGUCACAGCACACACACACCAAGACGCAGCCACAGAUCGCCAGGGGCCCCAGCAGUGAGGAGCACCUUCUCCCAGCCUCUCCCAGUGAACGGGAGAUAGCAGUGCCUGAGGUGAAUUGCACUCUGUUUUUACUGGCCGGCUACGUCAAAUACGGACGCCCUUAUGCCUGGAUACGCUCCAAUCAUGAGCGCCUGGUCAACAUCGGAGGCGCCGAUUCAAUGGUCAAGGACACGCCGAUGAAACUCAAGUCCAUUGCAGACUGGCAGACACGAGGUAUUCGUGUGUGGGACGUCGUCAGUGAGCUGGUGUGCCUGUGCACCGUUCCCUCUCCCUCCAACCCCUUCGCCCUGGACAUGCGUUACAUCAAAAGUCUUCCCCUCCCUGACCGCUUCCUCGUCACAGGCGCUCUCCUCAACUUCCUGGAGAUGUAUGUGGUUUACGGGAACCGGGAUGAGUUGCACUAUGACAAAGUGGUGGAGGAGGUGAAGCCUCUGAGGCGUCUUCAUGUCCAGUCCCUGCUGGAGGUGCAGCGACACAGAGAGCGCUCCGGGCUGGCCAGCAGUCCCACGGUGCAAGACUCUUCUAGGGAGGAGUGAUUUUGAUCUCAUGUGAUCCAUCUCAAGAUGAGAUAUCCUCUGUGCAUGUUUACUGACUUCUUUUAAUGAUUUUGUGCAUUGUGGUGUGUUUAACGGUUUUGUAAGAUCACCUUUGCAAAGAGACCUAAUGAGUACACCUGUGUGUAAAACCUCA